AUGUCAAAACACGCUGCUUUUGAAUUACACGAUUUAAGUAAAAAUAUAUUUGACAGUGUUAGAUUGAAGAUUGAAUCAGAUAAUUAUUCAAUAGCUGAUUCAGAUUCACCAUCAAAUUCUGAUUCCGAUUAUGGUGAUGAAACAAUGGAAGCUAAUGAAGUCUAUAAUGAUUUGUUCAACUUGAAUGAAGAAGAUCAAGAUGUAACAAAAAUACAAGGUGUUGAUGAGAUUAAAGUUAAUAGGAUGAAUUUUAAUGGUAUACGUAUAUUCGAAUCCAGCAUUGAAGAGUUCUUAUUUUCAGGUGCAAAUAAAUAA